UUUCGUAUAACAGACGGAAAAUGAAGGUUCUCUUAUCGACUUUCCUUGCAGCGACCACGGCCGUGGUGGUUGUAGCGUCGGCCGCCCUUGGUCAGAGAAUGGGGGGCUAUCGUGCCGCGAGAAAAGCGCCGAACGAUGGUCGCGUCGGGCGGAAGGCAACCAGAAAAGGUACAGGCGAUGGUCGAGUCGCUCGAAAAGCGCCGAACGAUGGCCGAAUCGCGAGAAAAGCUACGAGAAAGGGUACAAACGAUGGCCGGGUCGCUAGAAAAGUCGCGAACGACGGUCGAAUUGCGCGGAAAGCGCCGAGGAUAAUGCGAAAAGGCCCUGCGAAUUCUCGCACCGCCAGAAAUACUCCGACAGAGGGUCAAUUACCCGGAAACAUAAGUCGAGGUAAAAUGAUUUGGGAGUCUGAAAUGGACGACACCGAAACCAAUGUUCGCCUUGCUAUCGACAAAAUGGAAAAGUACGAAUAAGUCAACCCUUUCCCCAAUUUCCUCAGAAAUUAAAUUAAAUUUCGAAUAAAACUGUUACGCAUUUGCCAGACUACAAAUUUUAUUUUUGAUAACGUUCGCCUGCAUAUUUACAAGGGAAACUUUUUUUAAAUUAUCACCCGACUUGUGAACCAUAAUGCUUGUCAUUACCGUGCCGGUAAGAGUCAUGCACAUACACGCACUUGUAAUA